AUGGCAUGCCUGGGGUCCCUCCUCCCCAUUGGCUCUCUCCUCCUCCUUCUCCUCAGCCCCGAGGCCCGGGGGGAAUACGGCGUGGUCCGUGUCAUCUCAAAGAACUGGAGCAAGGACUACUGUGUCCUGUAUAGCUCUGACUACGUCACCCUUCCCCGGGACCUGCGCCAUGCCCCACUCCUGCCCCUGCAUGACGGCACCAAGACACCAUGGUGUCCGGAUGAGGACUCUCUCCCCCAGGGCCAGGACAGCUCCCCUAGACAACGACCCCUCCACCAGAUGGCUAUCAUGGUGAUGGGUGGCAACUGCAGCUCCUAUGCCAAGGGCUGGCUGGCCCAGGGCCAAGGUGCCCGUGGGUUGCUCAUUGCGAGCCAGGUCAGCAAUCAACAGUGUUCAGACACCAUCUCAAAGUCCCAGGGCCCCAGCAAGCCCCGGCCCACCCUCAGCAUCCCCCUGGCUGUGCUCCGCUACACCGACAUGGUGGACAUCCUCAGCCACACCCACCGUGACACCAAUAUCCGAGUAGCCAUGUACGCUCCACUAGAGCCUAUGAUUGACUAUAACAUGGCGGUCAUCUUCAUCCUGGCUGUGGGCACUGUUGCCGCAGGCGGCUACUGGGCUGGCUUGAUGGAAGCAGACCGGCUGCAGCGGCGCCGGGCUCGAGGAGGAAGGCGGCUUGGGGGUCACAGUCCGCCGCGAGCAGUGGCAGCUGAGAGUUUCCAGAGGGACGACGAAGACGACGAAGACGCACCUUUGGAUUUCACGCCAGCCAUGACGGGCGCUGUGGUCACCAUGUCCUGCUCCAUCAUGAUUCUGCUCUAUUUCUUCUACGACUGCUUCGUCUACAUCAUGAUUGGCAUCUUUGGCCUGGGUGCCAGUACCGGCCUCUACAGCUGCCUGGCACCCAUCGUGCACCACCUACCCCUAUGGCAACACCACUGGGCCCCGCCUGGCUUCCGGGACCCUAUAAAGCUGCCGUUGCUGCUGCUGGCGGGCCUGUGUGCCACGGUGACUCUCCUCUGGGUCAUCUAUCGCAAUGAGGACCGUUGGGCGUGGCUCCUGCAGGACACUUUGGGUGUUGCCUACUGCCUCUUCGUCCUGAGGCGGGUGCGGCUGCCCACGCUCAAGAACUGCACCUCGUUCCUGCUGGCCUUGCUGGCCUUUGACGUCUUCUUUGUCUUCAUCACGCCCCUCUUCACCAAGACUGGCGAGAGCAUUAUGGUGGAGGUGGCAUCGGGCCCGGCAGACUCUUCGAGUCAGGAGAGGCUGCCCAUGGUGCUCAAAGUGCCCCGGCUGAGCUUCUCAGCACUGACACUGUGCGACCAGCCCUUCUCCAUCCUUGGCUUCGGUGACAUCGUCGUCCCUGGCUUCCUGGUGGCCUACUGUCAUCGCUUUGAUGUGCAGAUCCACUCUCGACAGGUCUACUAUACGGCCUGCACCAUGGCCUAUGCCGUGGGCCUGCUGCUCACGUUCGUCGCCAUGGUCCUCAUGGAGAUGGGCCAGCCUGCCCUGCUGUACCUAGUGUCCAGCACCCUGCUUACCAGCCUCGCCGUGGCCGCCUGCCGCCACGAGUUCGUCCUUUUCUGGACCGGCAAGGGCAGAGCCAAGAUGCUGGCUGGGCCUGUGGCAGAGCCCCACGUUGCCUCUGCAAUAGCCCCCAAGCUGAAGCUGGAGGGUGUGACGGGUUCCUAUACUGCCAACAGGUUUGAGGAGGCCGUUGAGCAAGAGUUGGUGGACUUAGACAGCAAUGCCGGGGACAACAUGGCAGACAUGGUCACCUUCUCCGAGGACGAAGCCACCAGUCCAGAGGGCCACAGUGAGAGCUCUGAGGGCUGGAGCGAUGCCAACUUGGAUCCUGAUGAACCACCCGGCAGCUCCCCCGUGGCCCUGGAAGAGCUGAUGCCCCUGGCCGUGUUGAUACCGCUGAUCUCCCCAAUGCCACCCCCCUCAGAGUUGGGUCACAUCCACACCCAGGCUCAGGUCCAUGAUGCCAACCUGCCCUGGAUGGGGCUACACAAGAGGAAGGGCUUGAAGGUGAAGAAGAGCAUGGCCGCGCAGGCUCCCCUAUGA